CAACCAAACACUCAACAUUCUUACAUCAUCAAACACAAAACAAUCAAUCAACGCAUCAAGAUUAAGUUCUAAGCAAAAACAGAGAGAGAAAGAAAAUGUCAGACAAGCAAAACCUAAGCUACCAAGCAGGCCAAGCCACUGGCCAGACUAAGGAGAAGGCAAGUGGUCUUAUGGACAAGGCCAAAGAUGCUGCUGCUUCAGCUCAAGACUCCAUGCAACAUGCUGGGCAACAGAUGAAGCAGAAGGCACAAGGAGCUGCUGAAGUGGUGAAGGACAAAACUGGCUUGAACAAGAACACCUAAACAACUUUCAAUUUUACUUUCUAAUAAAAUCCUCUCUUUUGAGUUAUUUAAUAAAUUUGGAAGGGUUUUAAUUCUCAUUCCUGCUGCUUCUGAUGUUAUUCCCCUGAUUUUUAUGUAAUUUCCUCCAUAUAUAGUUAAUAAACAUCUGUUUUUUUAA